CCGGAAGAAACAUCAAAGCAGCGCUUCACACAAGGCUCCAACAGCAUUGAUGAUGUUCCCUAGCUAGGGAACGAAACGUUUGCAGCAAAAACUUCCAGCUCGGCGAGCAGAACCACAACAACAGAGGGUGGUGUAUUGAAUCUCCGCUUUAUCGGCGGGAGAAGUGAGGACGAUCCGGGCUGGUGCAUGGUUAUUUCUUGUUGGGGAGCGCUAAUUCGGAAAUUGCUGAUGAUGAGGCCCCAAGUGGUUUUUGUCCUCGGUGGGCCAGGAGCCGGGAAAGGGACUCAGUGCGCCAAAAUCGUCAAGAAAUAUGGAUAUACUCACUUAUCUGCUGGUGAUCUACUUCGUUCUGAACGAAGCAAAGAGGGUACUGAGUAUGGAGAACUAAUUGCCAGUUUCAUUAAAGAAGGAAAAAUUGUUCCAGUGGCAAUAACUAUCCAGCUUAUAAAAAAGGCAAUGGAAGAGAAAAUGGCUCAAGAUUCUGCAAAGAAUACAUUUCUUAUUGAUGGAUUUCCGAGAAAUGCAGACAAUCUCAGUGGGUGGAACAAUCACAUGAAUGGUUAUGCUGAUGUGAAAUUUGUCCUUUUUUUUGACUGUAGCAAUGAGGUCUGUAUAGAGCGUUGCCUUGAAAGAGGAAAAGCCAGUGGAAGAACAGAUGACAAUGCCGAGAGUUUGCAAAAAAGAAUUCAGACAUACAUGCAGUCUACUAAGCCCAUUAUAGACGAAUAUGAGAAAGAGGGAAAAGUAAGAAGAGUCGAUGGUGCCAAAACUGUUGAACAGGUUUUUCUUGACGUUCAGAAAAUCUUUGAUUCUGAAAACUGAAUUAGCUGCUCUAUUGAAGCUUUAAAAAACAGAUGCUUCAAAUACUUUCUCGGUGGAAGUAGCGGUGAAACUCUACCUAUACUGUUUAUUUUACAAGAUAUAUUUUCCUCAGAAAUCCCUUAGUGGAUACAUUUUUUUCCAUUAGUAUAUUGUUUGCUAUUACUUUUGACAAAAAAAUGCUUUCAUACAGAUGAGAAAAUGCUACAUUUUUUAACCUGCUUCCUAAUAUGCUUGUAACUAGAAAUCCUCUCUAGGUCAUUUGAAGUUCUUAUGUAAAACAUGUAUUUGUCUUAAGGGUGUAUGCAGAGUUUCCCUUGGGGUACAAUGAGUUAUCACUUGUAUUGUUGCAUACCAAAUGAUCAUAUUUAAAACAGUUCAUGCAUAAAUGGGCAUUACUUAUUAAUCUAAAUGCAUAUGACGCUGAUUUUGAUUUUUAAAUGCCUGACUUAUUUCACACUUGUAAUUGAAUCUGAAAGCUUGAAGGAAAGUGAAAAUUAAAAGGCUGGAUUUAAGUUGUUAUUGGGUAUUAAAUGAUUAUUGCAUAGUGGAAAAAUGUAAUUGAGAAAAGUAGCCUCUGAACGUGUUUGUCCUUGGGUUUAUCUAUUUAUGUACUUUUGAGGAAUUAAAUUUAUCAUUUUUUGGUCACAUAAUUAAA